AUGAUAUUCAUUAAAGGAGCAAUUCCCUAUGAUGAAGACACAACAGAGAGACACAGCCUGAAGAGUGCUGGGAGGUCGAAGGAUCAAAAUAUUAAGGAGCUGACACAAAAGGGCACGGGGCUCAAUCAGGUGGAUAAAGAGAGCAACCUCCUCGACACAGGGCUAAAUCUGGUGAAUGAAGAGGAGACACUUCUCUCCACAGAGUUCAAACUUUCCAAUGUGGACUUUGUGAUCAAAAUUCAGGAGCUAAAAGUUCAAGAAAGAGAGGAUGCCCUCUUUGCAUGUGUCCUGACACACCCACUCCCCAGGAUCACAUGGAUGGGCAAGGGCAGCACCCUGGAGGAUGGAGAGAAAUACAGCAUAACCAUGUCAGACCACAAACUGAUCCACAGGCUGCUGAUCAAGGACUGCACCCAGCUGGACAAAGGCAUCUAUUCAGCUGUGGCUGGCAUAAAGUCCUGCAGUGCCUGGCUGGUUGUUCAAGCUGAGAGUGACCCUGCAUCUGCUGAACGGAAGAGAGCUCGUAAAACUACCUUGGCUGGUGGAGCACGGAUCGACCUUGAGAAGGUGGCCAGAGAGCAACAAAUAAAAAACAGAGAGGAGAUAGAGAAGAUUUUAGCAGCUGUAAAAGUAAAACACGGAGAAGGACAACUGAAAGAGAGAAAGACUUUAAUCACAAAUGGAAGAGAUGGUGAAAUAAGUGCAGCCACUGGACCGGGUAGAAACAGUGGAGCAGUAAACGAUGACAUGCCUGAUGCUGUAAAAGCCAGCACCCUGUCUGAGCCAACAGGGAGCAAAGAGAAAGCCAAGAUCAAAAACUCAGGAGGAAAUGGCACAAAAACAAAAUUGGAUGUUUCAGGGUGUGUGACACAAGAAGGGGCCAAGAUCAAAAACUCAAGAGAAAAUGGCACAGAAACAAAAUUGGAUGUGUCAGGGUGUGUAACACAAGCAGGAGCUCAACAGAUAGUAGAUGACCCCAAGAACAAGAAACACAGCAGAUCUGGUCAAGCGGAUUUUGACAAGGUAACAGAGUCCAGUGGCAGAAGUGUUGAUGCAGUGUUCAACCAGAAUCAAACAUUUGCCACAAGUCAAAAUGAAGUGACAGAUGCUGCUGGAAAUAAAGACUCUACUGGGUCUGUCAAACAGCGAAAGAGCACAAGGAAGGUCCACUGGAAACAUCCCACACCUGAGCAAGAUCAAAAUGGACUGGCAGGUGAAGAUGAAGCACGUGACGAUGAAGCACGUGACAGUGAAACACAUGACAAUGAAGCACGUGACAGUGAAGCAGGAGACGAUGAAGCACGAGAAGAUGAAUCAAGUGACGAUGGAGCAAGUGACGAUGGAGCGAGUGACGAUGGAGCAAGUGACAAGGGAGCAAGUGACAAGGGAGCAAGUGACAAGGGAGCAGGUCACAGGGAUGAGGAUGGGGACUCUACCGGCCAGGUCAAGCGCUUACGUUCUUCAAAGAAAAGAAAAAGGCGACAGAAAGCAGUCAAUGGUGAAAGUAAACAUCCUGAAGACCGUAAUGAGUGUGACGAGACUGAGGAUGCAACCAGCACUGCCAAACACUCAAGGCGUAAAAGACAAGGCCCACUGAUAGAAGAUGUGGUGAUUGAUCCAGGAGUUCAGUUCAUCUGUGGCUUGUCUGAUGUCAACGCUGUCAUCAAUGAGACUGCUGAGUUAACAUGUAAGCUCAGCAGUGAGGACUGUGAGGGAGCCUGGUUCAGAGACGGCAAAAAGAUACUGCCAGAUGACAACUUCUCUGUCACUAAAGAUGGUGCGAUCCAUAAAUUAGUCAUAAUCAGGUGCAAUGAAGAGCACUCUGGGAAAUACCGCUUUGAGGCAGAUGGUCGUAAAACUGAGGCAAUGAUCAACGUCAAAGAUCCCCCAAGGUUUGACCCUGAAGACCUUGUUGCAUUCACUGAGCCUGUGACAGUUAAAGUGGGGCACAAUGUCUUCUUCAAACUGCAUUUUGUUGGCCACGAACCCAUAAAGAUUAAGUGGUACAGAGAGGGAGAAGAGCUCCUAGAGGACAACAACACAAAGCUAGAGAAUUCUGCGAAUCACAGCCGCCUGCUCCUGAUCAGGUGCCAGAGAAAGGAUACGGGAGACAUCAAAAUCAAGCUCAAGAACGAACAUGGCUUCACUGAGGCUAUUUCACAGCUAAUUGUGCUUGACAAACCCUCUCCACCGCUGGGUCCUGCAGAGGUAAUGGAGAGCUCAGCAACAUCUAUUGAAUUCAGGUGGAGGCCUCCGAAGGAUGAUGGUGGCUCACCUGUGAUUAACUACAUAAUGGAGCGACAGCAGGUUGGACGAAACACCUGGAAGAAAUUAGGGGAAGUCACAGGUGUGUCCAGCUACCGCGACAUAGAUGUGGACCGUGGUCGGAAAUAUUGCUACCGUAUCCGGGCCGUGACUGCAGAGGGUAUAAGUGAAGCGAUGGAGACUGAUGAGAUGCAAGCCGGCAUGCUAGCGUUUCCUGGCCCUCCAGCACCUCCAAAGGUGGUCAGCGCAUCUGACGACUGCAUCAACAUUUCCUGGGCUUCUCCGACUAACACAGGAGGGUCACGUAUCCUGGGCUAUAUUUUGGAGAAACGCAAGAAGGGGAGUAAUCUCUGGUCUGUCGUCAAUGCCAUGGAUGAACUAAUAAAAGAGAAGAAUUAUGCAGUGAAAGAUGUGGUGGCAGGAAUGGAAUAUGAAUUCAGAGUCACUGCCAUAAACCUCUCGGGAGUUGGUGAAUUCAGCAACCCCUCAGAGUUCGUAUUUGCACGGGAUCCAAAGAAGCCUCCUGGUAAAGUUACAGGCCUGAAGGUGACAGAAACGUCUUACAGCCACUUGGUCCUGACUUGGACCAAACCUGAGGAGAAGCCAGGGAUACAGGAUGAAGCGAAGGGAUAUUUUGUCGAGAUUCGUCCUGCAGAGAGCAUUGAAUGGUCCCGCUGUAAUACCACUCUCAUCAUCACGACUACCUUCAGUGUGAAAGGCCUUAAGUCCAUGGGCAUGUACUGGGUGAGAUUGAUUGCGACUAAUGAUGGAGGAGAGAGUGAUCCUGAGGAGCUCGCCAACUACGUCGUUGCAAUGCCCUCGCCUGUGAGACCAAAGUUCACAAACCACAAGAUGAAGAGCUUCAUGGUGGUGAGGGCGGGAAAUUCUGUCAGGAUCACAAUAAACUUUGAGGCCUCUCCACGACCUCAUAUCAUGUGGCUGAAGGACAAUGUGCCCGUGACAAAACGAGUGACAAUCAGUAACUCUGAUGGCUCAUCCCAGCUGCUGAUCCCCUCAUCUGAGCGCUCUGAUUCUGGCAUUUACUCAAUUUUGGUGAAAAAUCUUGCAGGACAGGAGACAUUCAGUAUAGAGGUCAGAGUCACAGAUGAUCCGAAGCCUCCUGGACUCGUAGAACUGGAGGAAAACGUGCCCGGCACAGUGACCGUGAGAUGGGAUCCUUCUCCUGAUGAGAAACGUGACGACCGCCUCCACUACAUAGUGUCCAAACUAGACUCCACCAAACGCACAUGGACCACAGUGGCUGAAAGACUCUUCAAUAACAAGUUCACAGUCUGCAACAUCAUGCACGGGAGGGAGUAUCAUUUUCGGGUGUAUGCCAAAAAUGACAUGGGCGUAUCUGAACCCUCGGAGUCACCGACCUACGGGACAGAGAAGAAGAAGGAAAAAUUUGUGGUCAGCGUACCGACGAGAAAGGACUGUGACCUGCGAUGUGCUCCGACCUUCAUUGUACCUCUGAAGCUCCACACUGCACCCAAAGGCUAUGAAUGCUACAUGAGCUGUGCAGUGAAGGGAAAUCCAAGGCCUCGCAUCACGUGGUAUCGAAAUCACAUCAGCGUAAACACUGACACCAACUACUACAUCUCCGACACCUGUGGAGUUUGCUCCAUGUUAAUCCUCCGCGUCGGCCCCAGAGACAUGGGGGAGUACACCAUCACUGCAGAGAACGCCCUUGGACGGGCUGAAUGCUCCACAAUCCUCAGUGUCAGAGGUGAGAGAGAAACACACCUGCACUUUAAUUUAAAAGAUAGGUGGCACAAAAAACAUCCUUAUUAA